AUGAGGCCGAAAAGUUACUCGGUGAGGGACCAGACUCGAGGUAACAAGACAGAUACUAUACAUCAGUUGUGGCGCACAAAAGGUGAAUGCCCUGAGAACACUAUCCCCAUCAGAAGAACAACAAGAGAUGAUCUUUUAAGAUCAGAUUCCAUCGAAAACUAUGGAAGAAAGAGCCCACCAACUAUUUAUGACCUCGACAGUAAUCGGACUGAGGAAGUUCAUGAGCAUGCUUAUGCGCACGUGGACUAUGCUGAAUUCCAAGGCAGCAGGAGCCGUAUAAGUUUAUGGAAACCAAAUGUUUUAAGUACGAGAGAGUUUAGUUUGGCUCAAACAUGGGUAAUCAAUGGACAUUGGGACACUGGUUUGAACUCUUUGGAAUCUGGUUGGCAGAAUGAUUCAUACCGAGGAACCGGCUGCUACAAUCUUUUAUGCCCUGGCUUUGUUCAAGUCGACAGAGACAUUUCCCUUGGUGCAGCUCUUAGCCCUAUCUCGACCUACAAUGGUGACCAAUAUGAUUUCGAACUAACUAUCGAGAAGGUAUAA